GCGAAUGUCAGUGAGAUUUUUAAUAUUUCUCAGAAAGAGAAAAAUAUAAACAAAUAAAUCUGCUAGAACAAAAGAAAACUGUGAUCGCAGUGAAACUUGAGCAAAAACAAAUUCGAAACAUCGCUUUCGUCAUUCAGACUAAUUGCGCGAUUUGAACCUUUGUGUUAUGUUUGAAACGGAAAUCGAUAGCUUGUAUGAAAUUUGUGUUUACUGAGUCAAACAAGUGAAAAUCAGGCGAAACAAACACAAGCUCCAAUAAUGGACUCCGUCACAGAUGAAAACGACAAAAUUUCGCUAAAACUUGCCGAAAUAUCAAUCGAAAAGUUCAACCAGUCUAUUCCGCAGUAUUUGAGUUUACUGAAAAAUCACAAAUGCAACAUCGAAAAAGCAGGUUCGCUGAAAGAUUGGGAUCGAAUCAAACGAGAGCAAAUCAACGCGACGCGUGUGAUCAAGCAGAUGAAAUACUUGAUACUGGAAAUUGAUAAGGUGCGCAGUAGGGUCAAGGAAAAUGAAUUGGAUCGUUUCGACGAGGGUAUCGACGGGGCCAAAAAGAUGGCUUUCGCUGGGAUGGGGGAGUAUUUAGAUAUGCAGCAAAAAUUUGCCUCCCGGUCGCAAUCUCUGAACAGUUUUCAUGAUGAUGAUCACGGACAUUUAGAAGAGCAGGACAAUCGAUACGGAAAUCAAUUGGCACAAGUUUCUAAAAUAACCAGCAGUUAUGACCGUGAAGAGGACGAACUGCGGCAACGGGCUGAAUGUUUGAAAGAGAUGGAAAAACUCCAGCAAGAAAUUGUCGACAUUCAAGAUUUAUACCAGGCAGUUCACACGAUGGCUCAUGGUCAGGCGCAGUUUGUCGAUGCGGUGGAGGAAAAUGUUGAGGUAACACAGGUCCACGUAGAAGCAGGAGAAACUGCUCUUAGGAAAGCUCUCCGCUACAAAAAAGCCAUCUAUCCUAUGUGUGGCGCAUUGCUGGGAUCUUGCAUAGGCGGUCCAAUUGGUUUGUUCGUGGGACUCAAAGCUGGAGGGUUGGCAGCGAUCGGUGGUGGGUUAGUGGGAUUCGCGGGGGGAAAGUUUGUCAAAAACGAAGACGAACUGGAUUGCUCCGAUACCGAGGAUAAAGCGGUUGAAGUGGAAGCAAAUGGAGUUGCAGUGACUCAACAGGAAUUGUCGCCGAUAUGUGAACCGAAUGAAUGACGACUGGGACGUUUUUGUACCGUUCAGUAGAUUGACUAAAUGUUGGUUAUUCAUUGGCUGUUAGAAUUGCUAUUCCCUGAUAGGAAAGCAAUGUUAAACAUUAUUGUUAAUUGAUGCUUAGUGUCUAAAAAGUGUCUCUCUAUGGUUCAGACGAUGACCUGGAGAUUCAUCGCUUUACUGGAUUUCAGAUUUAUUUAACGACAGUAACAUUAAUAGAAAAACGACCUACAUCACUUCGAUGUUAUUCAGUUGGAACUUUCGAAACUUCAACUGCCGUGAAAACAAGAACCUAUUCAUCAUGAGAGCUGACAAUAGAAGUUUGCUUGUAGAGAAUGGUUAUUUUGUGUUAAUUAUUUCAUUCAUAAACUUUAUUUCUGAUUUUCUUGUCCGGUCUGGAGACAAGAAAUGAAUAGAGUAGUAUAAUCCAAACAUUUAUGAAUAUAAGCAAGUAUUGAAACGAAAUGGGAAUAAAUUCCUUAAACGAUAUUCCUCCAGUUGCAAGUUUCAUCAAUAAAAUGCAUCUUUCUACCCGG